AUGCCCACGCUCUUCAGAUCCAAGACCGGUCUCACGGACUCGACCACAACCAAAGUGAAACCAACUACUGGGAAGAAAACUGAUGUGGGCGGCAUGCUUCGCCGCGUCACCCAGAAGUUCGGCAGCGAUAGCGACGACGAUCUUGCCGGCAAGAAGCCCGACAAGAUCAAGAGCAUCAAGAAGCCUGCAGACUUUGAUAUCGACUCUACUGGACCCAUAUCUGGAUCCGGAGUCGAAAAGAAGAAGAAGAAGAAGUCAGCGACGGGCGGUAUCCUUCGCCGUGUCACCCAGAAGUUCGGCAGCGAUAGCGACGACGAUCUUGCCGGCAAGAAGCCCGACAAGAUCAAGAGCAUCAAGAAGCCUGCGGACUUUGAUACCGACUCUCCUGCACCCAUCUCUGCGAUCGGGGCCGACAAGAAAAAGAAAAAGGGCCUGUUUGGCACCUUCACCGCCAAAAACGGAGCAGACCCGGCCAGCAUGUCCGCUAAAUCCAAGAAAACAACACCCAUUCAGGACUUUGAGCAGGAUGCGGAGGAGGAGCAGGAGCCCGAGACCCCGCAGGCUACAGACGAGCGUAUGCAGCGCGAGGCCCGUGAGGCGAGGAAGAAGGCAGGCGGCAAUAAGUUGCUCAAGAAGUCACAAAGGGGCGACGAGAUCACCAGCAUGGGAAAGAAGGAGAGGCUUGCGCGCUAUCCUCAGGGCGUGCUUGAUGAUGAGUUCAGUGGCGAGGACGAGAGCGAGGAAGAGGAAUUCCCCGUCGUUCAGAAGUACAACAAGAAGACAGGCACGCACUCCAACGUCAAGACGGAGGGCAAGAUGGCAGAUGCGAAAUUCGUGUAUGCGCGCGCCACAGGUCAGGCGUCCAAGAAGACUGAGCGUGUCCAUGGGCGGAAGGGGGCGAGGAUGCAGAUUGACAGUGAUGAGGAGGAAUAG